UCUAGCUCUACUGCAAUCCAACCUACAAAACAACCUUCCAAGCUUCCCUUUGCCUCUCAUCGCUGCCCCCUUCGUUUUACCUAUCCAGAUUAUUGAAAGAGCGGAUCCCGAAUCCGAGUAUAUUCUGAAUAGCUGGCCACCAUGAGAUUCACAUUCAAGUUUACCCCCACCAACCUCAACCUUUUCUUCUCUACCGAUCCCCAGGACGCCGCUGGCUCUGUGCAUUUCAACGUUCUGCAAACUCCUCAACGCAUGGAGUUUCAGUUCAUGCACAACAGCAACGUCUCCUUCCCCUCCUCUACAGUCCCCAGCGCUGAAGUCGACUCGGACUACUACGACACCACCUACGCCGACUACGACUUUCCUACGUCAUCUUUCGAGGUACUUCCUGACAAUAGUAUAUCCGAGGAAACCUCCGGCCAGCCUGACGCGUCCGAGUCCACUAUCAGCAACGAAUACCGUGCUAGCUACGGCAGCACCCACGUCGGUCAUUCCGACAAUCUUGAGACGAUCGACUCUGCUCAGUCCAUUGAUCAAGCUGAAUCCGACCCCCAGAGCGCGACUGGCUCUGACGAUCUCAGCUCCCCGUCGGAGCAGUCUGCCAACGAGAACGACGACCCUGCAGAGCUUGAGCCCGCGACGCUCGCUACUGCCACGCCGCCCUCCGCUGAUUUUCCCGUCAGACAGCCGUCCCCUGAAACCAGCAGCCGUGCUCUUACUGCUCGCGAGAUCAUUCUGGCGAUGAUCGGCCACCAUUCCGUGACUCGCGACGCGUGUUUCGGAAGCGGCACGCAAGCUCUCAGUCCUGGGCAAGCGGCCGGUCGUCGUAUCCUGGAUCUGAUUCAGCCCCCCAGACUCACCCCAAGACAAGCAGCCGGUCGUCUCAUCCUCGCCCUGAUCAAGCCCAAGUCGAGCAUCGAUCAUGGAACUCUAGACGUCGUCAAGAAUCGUGUUAGCAGCGUAUCCUCGGAUCCAGCCAUCGUGUCUUUUGCUCGCGACACCAAAACAGAGUCUGAGCAGCCAGCGGGCAGCUCCUCUGCUUCCACGCAAGAAAACGAUUCAUCUUCUGAGAUACUCAUCCAGAAACAUAGAUCCUUUAGUGCUCCUAAUCGUCCGUCCGUUCCCAUUCGCCGCUUCUACCGCUUCUCGAGCUUUGCGGGCAACUGCACCGAGCCUCUCGACUACUUUGUGUGCAAGGCGCCGCACAGCGCUCAGACUCACCGCGCCGCCGCCGCAGAGUCGCAGCCGGCUGAGAUCAAAGUCCGUCACCAGCUCAAGUCUUCUGAGCGCAAGAAGAAGAGUUAUGGCGAGAUCAAGAGCAGCGUUGUCGCGACUACGACGAAGGAAGACUCUACAGCUCAGCCAGAGUUAGAUUUGCUCUCUCAACUCCCGAUCGAUUCCGUCCAGUUGCUCGUCGAGAAGUUCGAAGCACUGCAAGCUACGGUCCCCGAUCCUAAAUUUCUCCACUCCAAGUUCUACCGUUCUCGUGCCUCUAGCAGAUCGGUUUUGUCUGGGAUCCGGGAGAACGUGGCGGACGGCCCUUCUCAAAAGGCUAGCGAGCCUGUUGUGCCCGAGAAGGCCGAUGAGCCGGAACCAAUCGUCAAUGGACCAUCUGAAGCCAUCCAGGAGGAUCACCUUGCUGGCUCUGCAACGGUCUCGACCGGUAUGCAGCUGGUAUUGCGACAUGGAGCCUACCACUUGGACAACCCUGCGCCUGUAUGCCGUCGAAUGGUGCUUCCUGAUUGGGUCCUCCUUGGUCUCCAGUCUCCGUUCAGGCCGUCCAUCAGCCGCGAGCUUGCCCUAUCUGUUCGAGGUCCUCUAGAUCUGCUGGCGCCGCCAGAGUUGUCUGCCCUCGUGCUUUAUCGCUCUUCGUCCAGACAGGCUCCGCUCGCGCUUCCUCCGGCACCCGAACCGGUAUCUGACCGCCAGCUUGUGCUCUACAGACAGAGCACCUUCGAAGCCGUUCUCCUGUCUUCGCCAGAGCCGGUCCGAGACCGCGGUUUUGUGCUCUACCGAGCACUGACGGUGAAGCAAGGCUUGCUCUCCCUGCCCGCACCAGUUCAUCUCUCCUUGCGAUCCCCGUUCGCUAACAGAGCAUCCGCUCUUAUUAUGCACGCGCGAUAUGCGUGCUGCGAGAUCAUCGCUUUCGGAUUUGUUUACUCCGUUGCCGCCCUGGCUUUUUUAACGCACUUGGCGCCCACCGUUCUACGAUAUACGGGUCAGACGGUCUCAUUUGCUUGGGGGAUUAUUCUCGCUAUAUUCAUCUCAUUCCGAGGAGAGUUUCGCUAUCAACUUCAGUUGAGAAAGCAGAAAAAACAGGCUGCGCUUGACUGUAGAUCCCUUGUGAUCUACCGGCCUCCCCCCGCUUCCUUUUCCUCUAUCGUUAUCCCGUAUGUUACUGCGCUGGGCAGUCUUUGUGUACGUGGAGGAAGAGUUUCCAAAGCCGUCGCUAUUUCCAUGGUUUCCAGUCUUUCCGGUUUUGUGGAUCUCAGCUUCAAAGCUGUUCUUGUGGUGAUAAUUAUUCUGCUGGCAGGACUCGCCCGCGGUCUCCAGAGAUCCUUCCAGCUUGUCCGCGUUUCGACUACCGCGGUACGCACCUUCGUCACCACUAACGGGUCUUCUAUUUAUUCUCUUUGGCGGUUUAUUUGGUUGGUUUAUAAUUUGACUGUAAAGUACCGGUUCAACAUGGGAGAUAGGCAGCUCUCUGAACUUUUGGUGCUUUUGCAGGCUAAUUGGCGUGUGUUUGGGCAGUUUUUUGUUAUUAUGGUUUCUUUUUUCCUUUUUUCUUCUAUUCCCUAUUUUUAUGAUGAUUCUCAGCAGAGAGAGCAGAGUCUGCAGACCGUGCAGGGUAUUUUUUCAGACGAGACGUUUGAAACGCACGACAGAGAGCUAGAGCAAGAGAAGUCUAUCGCCGCGGCCGCACCCACGACCGGUGGUGCGAGCCAUAUCGAUGCGCGACCUUCACUUACGCUGACUACAGAGCUUGCUAUCGUGAGAAUAAACCCCUGCUGCUGUUUUCCGUUGAAUGAUACUGAUAUCUGUGAUAGUCGAGUAUGAAGGACAGUAGCCCGGCUACUGAGUUUUCUUCUUUGGAGCUAUCGCCCUUCUCUAGCCCGUCUCUCCCAGCCUCAUCGCCAGCCUCUUCGGUGCCUUCGCCUGACACAGUCCUGGAGAAGCCCGAGCCCUUCUCUCAAUACGGCACGGAGGAGGUUGUGUCCCACGACGAUGAAGUGGAUUAUGAGAUGGACUACUCCCCUGCGA